CCUCCUCCUCCCCUCCUUCCCCGGUGCCGCGGCUUUUUGCUGCUUUCCCGGUUUUUUUAUUUUAUUUUUAUUUUUUUUUUUGGUUUUUCUUCGCCCUCCCCUCUCUCCUUGCCGGAGCUCGGUGCCGGCAGCAAGGGGCAGAGGCGGGGAUGGGGUGGCCCGGAGCCCCCAGCCCUCCCGGCCGCCCCGCUGCGCAUCCCCGCCCCGGCCGGGGGCACCCGGGGGCUCUGCCCCGCCGCCAGCCUCGGCUCCUGCCCUGAACCCCCUUUUUUUUUUUUUUUACUAUUUUCAUUUUUUGGGGGGCGAGAGGCGGGGCUCCGUCCCCUCUCACUUUGUUUUUCCCCCCCUUUUUUCUCUCUUUAUUUUUUUUUCCCCUCUCUUUUUGCCCCCCCCCCCUCCCGUCUCCUCCUCGGGGGCAUCUCCGCAGCCAUGGGGCUGCUCCGGGGGGGCCCUCGCGGGGCGGGCGAGCGGCUGUAACCCCCCGGGGAGGGGCCAGACGGACACACAGCCAGGGCAAAGGGCUCGGGCAGGGGGUGGGAGAUGGCCCCCCGGAGCCGCGGGCGGCUGCAGAGGAGCUACGUGGUGGGCAUCUGCUGCCUGGUGCUGCUGGAGCCCGGCCGGGCGUGGGGCGCAGAGCCCAGCCCGGGGGGGCCCGGGGAAAAAAGCAGCAACGGGAGCCAGGCACCGGCCCUGGAGGACACGGCCCCCGCGCCCACCGAGCCCAGCCCGGGGGGGGACCGCUGCAGGGGCUACUACGACGUGAUGGGGCAGUGGGACCCCCCCUUCAACUGCAACGCGGGCAUCUACCAGUACUGCUGCGGGACCUGCGGGUACCGCUUCUGCUGCCAGUUCAAGCCCGGGCGGCUGGACCAGAGCGGCUGCUCCAACUACGACACCCCCAACUGGGUGAACACCGGGCAGCCCCCCGCCCGGGUGGACGAGCCCCCCGUGGACCCGGCGCGGGACAGGACCAACAUGAUCGUCUACAUCAUCUGCGGCGUGGUGGCCCUCAUGGUGCUGGUGGGCAUCUUCACCAAGCUGGGCCUGGAGAAGGCGCAGGGCCCCCCCACCGAGAUGACCGUCUCCAGGACGCUCACCGACCUGCUGAAGCAGCCAGGCCACGGCCCCUCCGAGCACAUCGACGGGCUCAUGGGCAGCGUGCAGGUGCAGCUGGGCGAGGGGCUCGCCCGGGGGUCCCCCCGCAGCAGCGCAGACAAGCUGCCCCUGAACAACGCGGUGGCCUCUGCCAGCGUCCCCCCGCUGGGGCGGCCCCACAGCCACGGCAAGCGCCUGCCCCCGACGGCUCCCAGCUACAGCACCUACGCCACGCUGACGGCUGGAGAGAGCAUCCCUGAGGACUUCUACAGGCAUUUUGGGGGGCCGGAGGUGCCCCCCCCCAGCACCCUGCCCUUCCCGCACGCCGAGGGGCCGGGGCUACCCGAGGGCUGCCCCCCGCUGGGGGCCACCAAGACCAAGGGCCCCCCCAACCCGUCGGGGGGCUGGGAGGGGGGCCCUCACCGCGGCCCCCGCCGGCCAGGCCCUGCCACCCCGCUGUAUGGGCAGAGCUCGCGGCACCUGGCCACCAACAGCAAGACCGAGGUCACUGUCUGAUGCCAGCCGGCGAGGAGGUGACACCGUGGCCGAGGAGAGGAGUUGGGACCGGUCUCAGCCCACCACGAGGACGGGCAAUGGACUCCAGGCAGCGGGACCCGGUGCUGCCCACGGGCACCCCUUCCCCACGGCCCCGGCCUCCCCCUUGGUAAUAAACACGUUGAGGUGUA